AUGGCUAUUCAUCCUGUCAGCCUGGCUCUCACGGCAGCACGAGAUAGAUACAUCCAGCGCAACCCUGUUUCGAACAAGCUGCAUGAAGAGUCGCACGAAUUCAUGCCCGGUGGGAACACAAGAACAAUUCUACAUGUUUCGCCCUUCCCCAUCACCUUCGCAUGCGGCAAGGAUGCCACAUUGACCUCCGUUGACAACGACACCUAUGUCGAUUUUCUCGGAGAGUACAGUGCCGGUAUUUUCGGCCACUCUAAUGCUCUUAUUGCAAAGGCUGUUCACGGGGCCCUCUCGAAGGGGUGGAACUACGGCGGACAAACUGUUAUAGAAAAAACCCUGGCCAAGAAGGUUGUCACUCGAUUCCGUCCCAGCGGCAUAGACUUGGUUCGGUUUACCAACUCUGGCACCGAAUCCAACACUGUGGCCAUCGCCGCCGCCCUAAACAUUACCGGGCGCCGAAAGAUCCUAGUCUUUAGCAACGGCUACCACGGCGGCACACUGAUCUUUCCAAUGGACCUGAUAAAGAACCCAGCCACACGCAACGUCAACCUUCCUCACGAAUUUGUGUUCGCUCCUUACAACAAUAUCGACGAGACUGAGGCCAUUAUUAGCUCCCUAGCCCCACAGAGUCUCGCAGCUAUUCUUGUGGAGCCUAUUCAAGGCUCUGGUGGCUGCCGACCAGCAACAAAGGAUUUCCUUCGUUAUCUGCGUCAAGAGGCUGAUGCUCAGCAAUGCUUGCUGAUCAUUGACGAAGUCAUGGCUUCAAGGCUCGGUCCAAACGGCUGCAGUGCCGCUAUGGGUAUCAAAGCUGAUAUUAUGACGUUGGGAAAAUACGUCGGAGGUGGUAUGACCUUCGGAGCUUUCGGUGGAAGACGAGAUAUCAUGGAGGUUUUUGAUCCCGAAAAGUCUGGCCUCCAACACCCCGGCACUUACAAUAACAAUAUCGUCACCAUGUCAGCCGGUGUCGUCGGAUUGGAUAUUUAUAACAGCUCAGAGGUGGAAAGACUGAAUGCAUUUGGCACCAACUUCAAGAUAAAACUUCAAGAGGUUCUUAUCAAGUACGGCAUUUAUCGACAGCAUCCAGCUGGUGCAUUCCGAAACAUCAUCGAAGUAGACAGCUUCAAGAACGACACUCUCAUAAACCCAGAAGAUUCAUCGCUGGCACCCCAUGAAUCGCUACCAAUUAUGUUCAUCACCGGUCACGGUAGCAUGGUGAAUGUCCGAUUCAGUGGGCCUUGCGCUGCGGAUCUCAGGGCUCUGUACUACUUCCACAUGCUUGAGAACAACAUCUACCUGGCUCCUCGAGGAUACACGCCGUUGAAUCUUGAGCUCAACGACAAGGACGUGGUGAAGUACUUGGCGGCCUUCGAGGAUUUUGUGACUAAGUAUAGCUCCCUCUGUUGA